CAGCGCAUUGUUGGACAACAAUAGUAUUACUUUGUCUGAGGGGUGACACUGGAUGAAAUAGAUCACACACAUCAUAUAGACAUCUGUUAAUUACUAAUGCAUGUAUCAAGAGCUGUUUCCGCAUGGAUAUCGUUGAUUUUAUCAUUUAUCAUAGAAGUAGCUACUCAGAGCACGGCUAAUCAGCAGGCGUUACACACGCACCUGUUUACGUCGUACGACGCCGGGGAGAAGCCAUACUGCGGGGGGUCCGUCAAUGUCACCCUAGACAUGGCUCUACGUCAAGUCAUCGAUCUGGACGAGCCCCAGCAGAUUUUGAAAAUCAAUGUUUGGGUACGACUGAAAUGGCAGGACUGUCGUCUUACAUGGACCCCCGCCAGCUUUGGUAACAUCGGGAAUUUUAUUGUCCCUUACAAAUACAUCUGGAUACCAGAUCUUACGUUAUACGACAGUGUUUCGGGUGAGUUUGUUGGUCUCAAGGAAUACCGUCCAAACAUUUAUCCAGAUGGCACGGUUUACUAUAAUUUUCCUUCUGUACUCGAAAGUCUUUGCACUGUUGACGUCGAAAAGUUUCCGUACGACGAGCAAACCUGUAAGUUGUUGUUUGGAUCCUGGGCUUAUCAUGGAUACGACCUAGACUUACAGAAUAAAAAUCCAGAAGGUGACCUGUCGUCUGCUGUCACUAACGUGGAGUGGACGUACGUCUCUAUGAAGGCGGAGAGACACGUGCUGUAUUACGGCUGCUGUCCAGAGCCCUACCCUGACGUCACAUACUAUCUGAAACUAAGGAGGAAACCCAAAUUUUACCUCAUCAAUCUAAUUAUUCCGUCCAUGUUGAUUACAGUUAUGGCUGCUUUAGGAUAUUAUCUCCCUGUGGAGUCGGGGGAGAAGGUUUCCCUACAGAUCACCGUCAUGUUGUCCCUCGCCGUCUUCCAGCUUCUCGUGGCCGACAAACUCCCGCCAUCAGCAGACGCCACGCCUGUCAUUGCUACCUACUUCAACUUUUCCUUAUUUUUGGUGGGUCUUGCUUGUCUCAUGGCAGUGGUUGUCUUGGCAAUCCAUUACCAAGGCAACCGACGCAUGCCAGACUGGCUAUACAAGUAUGGUUUGAUCAAAUUAUCUUGCAUCACCUUUGUUCAUGUAGAGAACAAUGCACCAGUCAAGGAAGAGAAACAAAAUACAGUGAAAACCAUUAUGGUUAAGGGUUCAGUACAUAAAGUUCGCCCAGAACAAAAGAAAACAAAAGGAUCCCUACAUUUGAUGGAAUACGAUCAACCUGUGGUUGUUGAAGAAAAAGAACCUGUGUCAGAAAAAGAUCCUGACGACACGGCACCAAAAAGGAUAUACCAGGAUGACUGGAAGAAAUUCGCGUGUGUUGUGGACAGAUUGUCCUUCUAUAUGUUUGUAAUUAUUGGGACCAUAGGCACUGGAAUUGUUUUCUCUCAGUUUGGAAUGUGAUUUUUGUUAUGUUUGUUUAGAUAGACCUUAAAUAAAAACCUCCAACUGAAAAUUUA